UCAUUUUCUAUCCCUAUCUUUAGGCCUCAGACCACUCUCCUCCCUCCCUAUUAAUACCUCCUCUUCCUCCACUCCCUCCUCUCCAUUUUUCAUCCCCGCAAAAACGUAUCCAACAUUUUUCAUGACCCUUUUUGUUCUAAUCGUUCCACUACUGACUUUUCUCUUCCUCUCUCCUGCGGCUUAUUACAAGCUUCUUAAUCUCCCAAUCAUGAUGAGCUUCUGUAGAAAAAUCACCCCUCACUCUCUUCUCGGCCUCACCGCCACCACCACAACCACCGCAACUCCUUCCACCACCAAUGAAAACCUCCACCACUACAUUCCUUCUCUGACGGGAGGACUAUUAGGGUUAGUUACUGCAACCGCCAAUGACGUCACGCAGCGUCAUCCUCUUGUUUUGGAAUCUUCCUCCGUAAAGAAACAGAUCUCGUUGUCAUCUCUCCCAUCGUUUUUACCGCCUCCUGCAACCAAGGCUGUAGGAGGCGGUGACAUCGGCGGGUUCGGCUUCCUAGACGAAGUCGGUGGCGGCGUGGACGGGUUUGUGUCAUGCACCGAGAGUCUAGGGUUUGAGAGCUCGGAUGAGAUCAUGCGAGUGGACGAUCAGGUUGAGCAGGAUGACGAGAAGGAUGAGCUCAGGUUGAUGAGGCAGUCUGAGAACAAGAGGACCAAAUGGAGGAGGAUGAGAGAUAAGAGAUCGUCGGUGGAUAAGGUCAACAAUAAGUUUCCGCCGCCGAUCUCUUCCUUGAAUAAGAACGGACACCCGAAUUUCUAUCUCCGGCCGGUGAGGAAAGACGGGAGGUUGGAACUCACAGAGGUGAAGAUUCAUAGGCCAGAGGUUCUACGCGCUCAUCGCGAAGAUGGACGGUUGACGUUGCAUCUUAUUACCCAUGACCAAGAAGAAGACUUAAUAGAAGAAGAGCAAGAAGAAGAAAUUGAAGAGGAAGGAGUUGAUGUUGAAGAUAUUAAUAAUGUCGAGGAAGGGAAAGAGAAUGUAGAAAUAGAAAGUAGUGUGAAUGUUGGGGAUCAGUGGAAGAUGGGGUUGGCUGGAGGAGAAGGGUUUAGGCGGUGUCAGGAUGUGGCCGGGAGUAGCCACCAUGUGUACCACCAUCACCACCACCACAACACCCACCCUGUGUGGAGCCAGCAGCAUUGUGUGGUGUGAAUGUGUGAUGAGAUUGGUGAUGAGGGUGAGGUUAGCACUUUUAGCUAGAAUAGCAAGAUUGAUGUGUGUUCAAGUCAAGUGGCCGCUUUGAGAAUGAGACAACUGUACGUAGUUUAAAUUAGCUAGCUAGUACGUAAGUCUAGUAGGCUUGAUUAGCUAUUAAACAAAUUGAUCUACUAAAUUAAAUUGAUUGGAUAGAAGCAACCUAUCAUUUAGGUGCAUUGUUUGUGAGAGUAGCUUUUAUGUCUGCCUCAUUUGUACGAAGAAUAUCGCUUAGAACUCAGAAAUAGUGUUCUCCUCGUCAGUUUACAGUACUAUCGAUCAAUCACAAGAAGGUAAUGUGAUAGUAGUACUAUGUGUAGUGAAAUUUAGGGUUGAUGAUGUAUGUCAACAGGACAGUGCAUGUGGAAUCUCUUAUCUCUGCAAUAUUAGAGAAAAGGUGGAGGGCACUGAAAGCUGGCCCAGAUUGAAGGAAGGAACCAAAAAAGCAGGCGAUUCAGGACCUGCAAACAAACACAUGCAACAGUACUAUGCACAGUGGGAUCGAUGAUCGGUUGUGUUUGCCAAAAUAAGGAGGUUCCUGUUACGAAAUGUAAAACGAGAGCUAACUAGUUGCCCUUUUAUGUUUCCAAUGCUUACUAGAAUUUUUGUAUGGUUACUCAACUGGCCGGCCUAUGGGAUAAGUUAAUUUAUGAAGAUAUUUAGGUUCUAUUUCCAUUCUA